AUGCCGGCCUCCACAAGUUCCCAGCCUGCCAUGGACAAGCAAUGCCCCAAUGCCUACCAUCACACCAAUGCCCUGGCCUCCGCUGCGCAGAAGAAUGGCCGCUUCAAGGUUCAAUCUCGCGCGGACACCUUGGUGGAAGAACCAAAUGAGGAAGUUGCCCUCGAAGAAUAG